AUGGAAAAAGGUACUGAAAUUUUAAACGGACACUUUUAUUUUAAACCUCUUCAACAAGGAGUAGAUAGAACUAAAGCUAUUUGUAAACACUGCAAAGCGGAAUUUUCUUAUCAUCGGAGUACUUCAAGUUUGAAGUAUCACUUAAAUGCAAUGCACACCGUUGAUGCUAACAAAUCAUCCACCCAAACAAACAGUGGAGGAAACCUUCGGCAGACUACGUUAGAUGCAGCACGAGGGAGAACUACAGAGAAACAAAAGAAAGACAAGAUAACAAAUGCCAUUGCAAAGUGGGUAGCUACAAAUUGCAGGCUAACUAGUAUUGUGGAAGAUGUCGGUUUGAAGAAUGUUAUUCGGAUCGCAACGAAUGACUGCACGUAUGAGCCUCCGCCAAGACGCACCAUUGUAAGAAAAAUACAUGAACUGUAUGAAAACGAGAGGACUAUAAAGGCAACGGCAUUACAACGUGCACAAACUGUUGCCCUCACCGGAGACUACUGGACAUCGCUGGGUAACCAUAAUUAUCUCGGAGUAAAUGUGCAUUACAUUGAUGAACAAUGGAAACUACAUUCACAUGCUUUGACAGUAAUGAAGACACAAGAAAGACAUUUUGCUGAAACGUGCGCAGAACAUUUCAUUCAUGUUGCACAGCAGUGGGACAUUUUAAAUAAAGUCAGCACACUUAGCACAGAUUGUGCUAGAAAUAUUGUCGCUGCUGCAAGACAUCUGCCUUUUGAACGCGUCCCUUGUGUCGCUCACAGUCUUCAGCGUUCUGUCACAGUAUCUUUGUACAACAGCGCGUUUGACAAUGCCCUGGCUAAAUGCAGAAAGAUGGUGAUUCAUUUUAAACACAGUCCAGCAAGUGCUGCAGAAUUAGAAAAAAAAACAAAUUGA